AUGCCCAGCAUAGCGGUUGGAGAUGUCGACUCUGGUGUACGCGUUGUCGUAACGCCGUCGCAAUCGUCGUAUUUUGCUGGCGAACCGUUUUCAGUGACGAUCACAUUUACCAACACACGGACGCCAGAGGCAGGUCCAUCGCGACCCAGCUCUCAUUCUCACAAACGAGGGGCCCAUUCGAUUAGCUCUGCUCCUCUUGCGCGACCACCAACGUCGCCUGGAACUCCCCGGAGCGCAGCAACUCCGUCGAUACCACGAGGAAAGCCCGUCGAUGAAUUGCCACGGCGGAAGAACCUCAUCGGGAAACCCAAACCUCCGCCAGUGCUACCACAAAGUUCAGAGGAGAUUCCGAAUCUGAUAGAGCAGCGGAGGAAGAAGCAGCUGGCACCGAAGUCGUUGUCGGUGUCGAUUUCGCCGUUCGAGUUGGAGGAUCGGCUGGCAGUGGCCUCAGCUCCACAUUCGCAGAGGUCGUUUGCAAAUUUGCCAACGACACCACACACCCCUUCCCCUCUUGCCCGUACCGACGCUCUCGAAUUGGCUUCCAACCACCCCCAUGCACGCAAACACUCCGUUCUCGACGGCCAACUUUCGCUCGACAUCAUCUCUCCGACAACCUCUGUUCCUCCAUUUCCCUACAGCCCCUCGUCAUCCACAUCCACAUUCUCGUUAGCUCUCGAUCCCAUCGCAGAAGCAGCUCUUUCGCCCUACCCCUCAACCCCAGCCAUCGGCUCUCCGACCAUCGAGCCAGCCCCGUUUCCACCACACACUCCCACCGGUCCAUCCGAGUCAAGCAACUUCGUGUACGCAUACCCACCACCACGGCCACAUGGACACGGGUACACACACCACCGACCGGCACCCAUCGGUUUGGGACAGCCAUCCAACUCACCCCGUGGGUACCCACACGCGCCCCGUACAGCGUUUGCGUCGACCUUCCCAUCGGCUAACAAUGAACUCAUACUCUACUCCUACGCGCAGCUGACCGGCACGGUGCUAAUCACCCCGGCGCCGGGUGCCCGACCUACGCCAGAGCAGACGCUGACGCUGAAUGGUGUCCGGGCGGCUCUGCUCAGCCGAAAGGUUCUUGGGGGUGGGAGUAUGGAUAUUACGGCGUCAUUGAAUGCACCAGUUUCGCCCACACCGCGUCAUAGGGCAACCCAUAGUCGGUCAUCGUCAUUUUCUGCAGGAUUGUUGUCGAUAUUGUCGCCAACGUCGUUGGUGUCGUCGAUAUCAAGCCCGUCCCCGAAUUCGCCGCUUUCUCGAGGUAGUCCAUCAAGAUGGCGAGCCACGUCUGCCUAUACACCCAACGCCACACCUUUGUCCGCCAAAUUUCCGAAUAGCUCGAGUAGUCCCAGCGUGCUCGGUCUUGGAUAUGGGAAUGUGUCGGCAGACGAGGUCAACCCGGAGGACCCGUUGCCCACAUUCGAGGUUCAGCCCGCGAUGUUAGGCGUCGAUUUGUCCCUUGCACCUGGAGAGUCGCGAACUUACACCUACACCAUCAGGCUUCCAGACAUCCUACCACCGACGUUCAAAGGAAAGGCCCUCAAGUUUUCUUACGAGCUGGUUGUGGGUACAUGCCGGGCGGGCCCACCAGGCAGCGGCGGAGGCAUGGGUGUCAACAGUAUCAGUCGAGUCAUGAAGGUACCAAUACGAGUGUACAACCAUGUUUCCGUCAGUCGAUCAUUACGACCGUACGAUAUUCUCUGGCCGGUCAGCAAGCGGCAAGAUGUCGGUAUGCCAGGCACAGAGGCGAAGGUGGUUGAGUCGAUGCCUGAGACGCAGAAGGGGUUGCUUCAGAUUCCUCGAAUGCCCUCCUCCUCGUCAUCUCCAUCAUUAUCCUCAUCCAACACACUGGAGUCAAUACGAGACUAUGCUCGGUCAUUACUAGCGUCGUUAGCCGAUUCAAGCGAAGGGCAAUCCAAAUCAGAUCCCGAAUCGCCCAGUUCGCCUCUUACAAACGAUGGAGCCGAAGCUAAUGGACGAAGGAACGGAAACACGAACGGGAAUGGUAACGCCAAACGGAGAAGCAUCCUACGACCAGAGGAAAUGCGCCGGACGGAGAGCGAGCGAGAGAAAGAAGCUGAAGGUGGUCUGACGGGGUGUCGCGAGGCUGUGGAAAUCUUGACGAGAAAUCCAAAGAAGGCUUCGUAUGAUGUGAAUAAGGAUGGAGUGAAGGUUGCUGUGCUGACCUUCACGAAGUCUGCAUAUCGGCUUGGAGAGACGAUUACUGGGAUCGUGGAGUUGAACGAACGGAGUAGCAGAGCCCGUGUUCUGAAAGUUUCUGCAAUCCUAGAGUCGCAUGAGACCCUUCCAUCAUCAAUAUCUCCCUUAGCUGGUGCACGGCAUUUACGACGAUCCCACGCAGAGAGCCAUUCCUCCUUCACACUCCACACACUUCGUACCACCUUCUCACUCGACAUCCCCUCCGACGCCAGCCCCGCUUUCCAAGUCCGCAUCGGCACACCACCAGCCGCGUCCGCAACACCACCUCCUACACCUGGAGGGCUCGAAUGGAAAGUGCGCCUAUGCCUUCUCGUGGCCAUCGCCGCCGAGAUGUCCCACGUCGGCGUCCAAGGUGUGCGGCUCAAAGGCCUCGUCCGGGAUGGCUCAAGGGGCGAAUGGGGCUCCUCGUGGCGCGCCACACGUACGAAUGCCCCGCAGGAGAAACCUGACCUCAAAGCGGAAGCUGCAGCGGCUCAGCGACUUCAGCAGGCCUCCUCCCCGCGGAGCUGGUCCUCCUUCCUCGUCUCGUCGAUUCUGUAUGGAGGUGCGAACGAGAACACAGAACGCGAGUACCAUGACGGAGACGUCCUUGAGGACGAGGAGGUCGUGUAUGAUGGGAUUAUACCCGACCUCGCAGGUGGUGUGGGUGUUGGCGUGGAUUAUGCGAAUGGAGACGAGGGCUGGAGGGAUGUACGCCUCGAGACCGUGGAAUGUGAAGUGCCUGUGAAGGUCUUCCCUGGGAACACGGCGUUCAAGGCUCUCGAUGUCGUUUUUGAUGUGUAG